CACUCAGAGCUCUUCAUACCGGCUCCACGUUGAGGCUCAGCAUCUCUCCCUCUGUCUAUGAUCCAGAUUCUUUCAUAUUUCCCAGCAUGACGUUCAGGAGGCUGAAGAAGGUGAACUCCAGCGGGCCCGUGUCCCAGGAUAAUGACAUCUAUUUCCUCUCGUCGAAGUCGGACAGCUGCAGGACUCAGGAGACGAACUGCUCCGAGGUCUACAACUACAAGUCCCUGACCAAGAGCCUGGCGUACUCCGGAGGGACUCUGCCCCGGAGCUACAUGAAGGGUGGCGGUGUGCAGAAGUGGAAACCAUUAACCCUGACACCUGAACCACAGAGGAAGGUGGUGGUGCUGGAGAAGAAGGAGGACGAGGCGUUUGGGUUUGAAAUCCAGACGUACGGGCUGCACCACCAGGACCAGAACUCGGUGGAGAUGUGCACGUUUGUGUGCAAAGUGCACGAGGACAGCCCAGCGCAGGAGGCGGGACUCAAAGUCGGGGACACCAUCUCCAGUGUGAACGAGGAGACGGUGGAGGGAUUUCGGCACAAGGAGAUCGUGCAGCUCAUCAGAGCCUGUGGAAACGCACUCAGGCUGGAGACGGUGUACAGUGACUCGAUCCGGAAAGCGGAGAUGGAGGCUCGGCUGCAGUAUCUGAAGCAAACACUUCACGAGAAAUGGGACGAGUAUCGGUCGCUGAUGGUGCAGGAGCAGAGGCUGGUGCACGGCAUCGUCCUGAGUGAUGCAGCGGUGUACGAGUCUCUGGAGUCUGCGGGGGUGUACGGCAGCUUCGGGACCCCCAGCCCGGCAGCGCAGCGGUCCCUGCGUUGCAGCGGCAGCAGCAGCACCAGCAGCGUCCUGAGCACCGAGGACGAGCCGCUCUACACCCGCCUGCAGAGGCCCGACACCACCGCCGACCCAGACCGGAAGCUGAAGGUCCGACCCGCCAGCGAGCUCUUCUCCAGCGCCAAGACCAACCUGACUCGCAGCGCCAGCACCCGGAGCUACAUGAGGGGGAACUCCAACACGUCGGGGGAGAAGCAAGGCGGCUUCACCCCGCUGCAGAGGAAGCCCAAACAGAAGAGCUUCCGCCGGAGACUCCUCAAGUUCAUCCCGGGGCUGAACCGGCCCCUGGAGGAGGAGGAGAGCAAACUGUGACUCUGAUGGUCCCUUUCCAGAUCGUUCUGCACCCCGUGACGCAGCAGGAAGAAGCCUCGUGAAGAGCUGCAUCAUGGGACACAUGUGGACUAAAGUCUGUCUCUGAGACGCUGAACCAAAGAGAGCCCAAAGACUGCGCAGCCUCCUGUUCUUUAACUUAUUUAAUUUAUUGUCUUUGUCAUGUACAGAUUUUUUUUACUGCAUGCUCCCCCCCCUUCUGAUUGUUCCUACGUUUUUCUAAGAUUGAAAUCGACUUUAGACUGGUCCUUUUUUUUUCAGUCACCGUUUUCUGAAAAUAAAAACAUGUGUCAUUUUCAGAA